CCGUCGCGUCGGCAACAGAGCGGUCACGAGGACUCCCUCUAUGGCGUGCGGCUUCGCGCAGGAGGAGCGGCGCCGCGUCGGCGACGACGCUGACGGCGGCGGCACCUCGGACGGAUGGCGGGCGGUGUGUGUGCUCUCUGAUCCCGACGCGGCGGCACAGCGGCUGCAGCAGCGGAAGAAGCAGAUCGAGUACGGCAAGGACACGCCGGAGUACGCCGCGUACCUCCGCGCCGUGCCCAAGGAGCAGCGAGGGCGCGAUCACCCGCGCACGCCCGACAUCACCGAGAGCGUCUCCAAGCGCUGCUUUGACGGCCGGGUCAAGGCGUGGAGGCGAGCGCUGCACGGGUGGGCCGAGGCGCAGGCCGAGGCGCAGGCCACCGCCUCGGCGGAAACUGUGCUCGCGGACGAGCUCGAGGCGGAGCCGGGGUGUCCCGCCGCGAGUGGCGCCCGUGCAGGAGCGUCGGCAGGCGUGGCCGCCGUGGGAGGGGCGGCGGCGGCGCCCUCCUCCUUCCUGGCGCAUGCGACGACCCGUUCUUGGCCGCUAGAUGGAUGGGAGCGGUCAGUAGAUGGCUGGUAGAGGCGCGCCUCGCUUCCUGUCUGUGAGUCUUUGUUCAACAGUCGUCCUGGAUCGCCAAGGUGGGGGUAAAUCCAGAUGCAAGACUCACGUGUCACGAUGUGUUUU